ACUUGACAAAAAUGUGUGAACCAACUGAUGUUACAUUACAAAUGGAAAUGAGUACGGAUAAAUUGCGUUCUGAUAAAUAUAGUAUUCCAGACUUACCUAAUACGAAAGACUAUCAUCUUUUCAUAUGUUAUACCGAAUGUGAUUCAAGAAUUGUUCGAGACAUCGUGACAUAUUUCGAAGCUGGGGGAUUAAAAUGCUGCUAUAAUGAACGUGAUUUUCCAUCAGGUAGAAAAGUUAUACACAGCAUUAACGACGCUAUAAAAAAGAGCAUGGGUAUCAUCAUUGUUCUUUCGGAAGAAUCCAUUAACAGUAACUUCUGUCAACAUGAAAUUGACCUAGCGGUUCAUACAAGUAUAAUAGAGGGUUAUACAAUCAUACCUAUCAAGAUUCAGCCUUGUACUAUUCCUGAAACUUUGCAGGAGAUAACAUACAUAGACGCUCAAAACAAAGAGACUAGCGAAUUGUAUAUAUUGAUAUUAAAUGCAUUUUUACAAAACGUAUGGCACGUGGAGCAGGAACGGACAAAUGGCUUAACUCGUAGUAUACCUUUGACACCAUAUGAAAAAGGAUUCUUGAAAAGCUUGUCGGUAUGGAGGGUCAGAUUGUUGGUGAGCCAAAAUGAAAGACAGUCCAUAAAAAUGAAGGGAUUUAAUGUAAGUAGCUUGAAGGUGUCCCAUUUAAAGUUUCUGAUUCUACUUUAAGUUAGUGCUUUUUGUUACAGAACAAAGUAAAGAGAUUUGACCUGUAUACAGAUGCCGACAAACAGAUUUGAUAACAUA